AUGGAGGCUGAACGCUUCUUCAGUCACAACUGCAGGGAGGAGCUACAGGGUCACGUAAGCUGCGCAAAGGUUUUUCUGGAGCAGCACGUUAAAUUUGGCACACCCUACGCGCCUGGAAGCACAGAUGGCGCUGAUCCGUGUAAAACCGCGCGGUCCCUGUACAUGAAAUGCAUGCAACAGAGAAAGAAGGACGGCCUGGACGGGGAUAAAGUUGCACUGAGCAUGGCCCAGUUUUCAGGGCCACCGAAACCCUGUGAAAUGGAGCUGUCUAUGCACGGAAAUUGCGUGGGGAUCCAGCUGGAGCGCACGCAAAAGCUCGGCGAGAAGUACUGGACUCAGGGCGGUGAGGACAAGUGCUUGACAACCCGCGCCAACUAUGAGCAAUGCAUGUACCGCUCCAUGCGUGGAGACACGGACUCCGGAAACGAGAGAUGGGAGUCAGCUGAACUCGAAAGGAACAUCGGCCACCUGCAAGUUCGGCUGCCCAACAAAUAA